AGGGUCACCAUUGUUGUAGCUGAUAAUUACAACGUAACUAUGACGUCGACAUUUGUCAAAGAACUGAAGCGUGUGAUUGAUGUGGAUUGUGAUAAAUAAUGACCGACUCCUGGCGAUUGCCGGUAUCACCAAUGCUACACGGUCCGCGACGUCAAGGGAAGUGUCAUAAUAGCACAAGUUAUUAGGUAUCAAAAUAAUAAUAAUAGGAACUCUCACAGGAUUUAUUCUUUAAUUAGCAUCAAGUUAACAACGUCAAAUGUACUUACCAAUAUGCAUACUUUCUUCCCUGUUUCACAUUUGUUCUGCUCAACAAUCAGUGGCUGAUGUAAUGACACGGAUCUUUCAUAAUCCAUUUCGUGUGAGAAUAGUACCAAGAGUUCCAGGGCCACCCCCUUCAUUCUCAAGGAGAGCACAAUCCCCUUCUCCCGUCUCUAGGAGGGUACCUCCUCCUGUAUCGCCGUGUCCGGGUGGUUGUGAUGAGGGAUAUGUAUGUUAUGGUGGAGGAUGUCAAAGAAAGGGUUCCUCCCUGUGUAAUCCAAUUUGUAAAGAAAGUCAGACUUGUCACCAUGGCCACUGUCAUUUUGAGCCCUGCCGGCCUGCUUGUGGAAAUGGUCAACGAUGCAUAAAUGGAAAGUGCGAGGACAAGCCCUGUGAGCCUAGAUGCAGGAAUGGGGAAAUCUGUAACAAAGGGAUAUGCGAAAAAGUCGGAGGUACUCAGUGUAGCCCCUUGUGUCCCCCUGGCUACGUGUGUCAUUGUGAUAGCCGUGGUGACUGUCACUGCGAUAGUUUGAAUGCUAGGCCACAUCAAACCUGUGAUAGACCAUGUCCUCCAAACUCCCGAUGUAUAGAUGGUCAUUGUACAGGAGAAGCCUUAACUGUCGGUGCCGUAACUCCGAACGAAGUUCGCCCAGUCAAUCCUGUGCAGACGAUACCAAAUGUACUUUUUCCGCAGACUGGUUCAAUAUCUCCUCUUGUUCCAAAUUCAGAGACUGCGUCUAUAAUACCUGUAGUUCCAAAUAACAGACCAAUAUCCCCCAUAAUUCGAAACACACAGAAUGGACCUUUUUCAUCCAUUAUUCCAAACAGUCAGACAAAUACGAGGACAUCUAUUGAUCCUAACUCCAGAUGGAACGUCAGAGAUUCGUCAGGUUCGAGGGUGCCAUGGGCAAGACCCCCACCAAUCAUAAUAAGACCUGGUUCCUCUUCUGAUAUCUCACCAUUUCCAGGUUCUUCCGGGCCUAUUGAUCUUAAUCCUAUUUCCGACACAGAUUUGUUUCCAAUGACUGAUAAUGUACCAGCAGCUGUGCCACAAUCUCAAUCACGUGGCGUUUUUGGAACUUCCGCUUUGAGUGGUACAUCAGAAUCUGGCACAGGGAUGUCUCUUCCACCACUAAGUGAUUUGCUGCCCGGUGGUGGAGUUCCUCCUAUACAGAAUAGACCUGCGCAACCGGCGGUUCCCCAACAGCCCAUUCCACCAGGACCUGUAGCAGACGUGAUCCGCAUUCCUGAUAUUGCGGAGGUUUGCCAGGGUAAUAACUGUGUCGGGGCGCCACUUUCACCUGGGUCAAACGUUGGACUUAAUCCGAGACCAGUCGUUCCACAAAAUACAGCGGGAAGAGGCGAUAACUGUGGACAGCUGACAUGCUUUGAGAAUGAGUUUUGCUUCGACGCAGUAACUUCUACAUGUAUGGGUGUAAAUACAGGGGAUGCAAGGAUACCUUGAAAUCUUACAAAGAAAGAUCAUCUACAAAGUAAUGUCUAGAAGUGUUUAAUUUAUAUGACAAAAAGUUGUUAUGGUUUUAUAUAACUAAAUAUUGAAAGAAAUUGUUAUUCCUGUUAUUUUUUUAAAUAAACAAAAUUAAAAAGAAAAAA